AUGGACGCCGAAAUUGACUAUACUAUCAUCAACCACGAUAAGAAGUGGCGCAUGCUUCGCUUGCAAUGGCGCUUCGCUCUUUGGGCACUCUGGAUAUCCUGCGGCGUCAUUAUGCAGGGCUUCGACAUCGUGGCGGGAGGGCAAUUGGCAGCGCUGCCCGCUUUCCAGAAGCAGUUCGGUGUCCUUCAGCCGUCAGGAGACUAUGUCAUUCCAGCGCUAUAUCUGUCGGCUUGGAGUUCAAUUGCUCCAGCGUGUGAGAUUGCAGCCACCUUCUUCGUCGUUCCCUCACUGGAAAAGUAUGGUCGCAAACCCGGGAUUCUGGUGGCGAACAUAAUAUCAGUUGCCGGUGUGCUCCUGCAACAAUUGGCAACUGAUUGGCGAACGCAUCUCGCUGGUAGAGGGGUGAAUGGGAUCGCCAUUGGCAUCAUGUUUACCAUAUCUCCGCUCUGGAUCGGAGAGACAUGCCGACCAGAGCUCCGAGGCUUUUUCCUCUGCUUCUUCAACACCAGCAUUGUGUUUGGCCAGUUCGCAAUUGUCAUAAUGGCGAAUAUAGGAAGUCAUAUCGCUGGAAAAUGGCAAUGGUGGUUGCCGGUGGUUUCUAUGUACUUCUUCCCACUUAUUCUCACCGCAGGAUGGUACUUCUUUCCUGAAUCCCCAUAUUGGCUCAUUAGGUGCGGGAAUAGUUCUCGAGCACAGAAGGAGUUGAAGAAAAUUUACGGUUUCAAAGACAACAACUUCUAUGCGAUUGAAAUUCGCAGAAUGGAAGAGGAAAUUCGCAUUGCAGCAGAUAUUCAAAGGACAACCCAUGCCGCUAAAUACACGUUUCUGGGAAUUGACCUGUCAGCAGAGGUUGAGUGCUUCAAAGGCAAAAACCGGAAACGAACUUUCACUGCCAUCUUUGCUGCCAGCGGUCAACAAAUGAUCGGUGCAACCUUUGUAAUCGGCUAUGCGACCUACUUCCUCGACUUGAUCCAUGUGAAGGAAUACUUCACCGCAUCUGUGAUCCUUUACAUCGUUAUGCUUCUUUCCAGCAUGUCGGCGUUCCCUCUAACAGAGACUUUAGGACGUCGGACUCUGAUUGUAUGGCCCCAAUUUGCGUUAUGCCUUAUGCUCCUGGUCAUAGGAAUCCUAGGGUGUGUCAAAGACCAAACAAAAGCCAGUUGGGGUAUUGUGGUCUUUAUCUACCUGUGGGCAAUUGCCUUCCAGGUCUCCAUCGGGGCCACUGGGUUUGUUUUGGCAUCAGAGAUAGCCACAAUGCGCCUUCGGGGAGCGACCCAGGGUCUGGUAACGAUCGCAAAUGCAGUGUGGGGCCUAAUCAUGCAAUUUACCAUCCCUUAUAUGAUCAACCCUGAUGCUGGAAACUUGGGAGGUAAAGUCGGUUUUAUCUUCCUCGGCACUGGGCUCCUUGCUGCAGUCGGUGGGUGGUACUUAUACCCAGAGACAAAGGUUCGCAUUCCCUCAAUGUAA